GCAACAAUGAAGUCAUUACAGUACAAUCUGUUUAUUUAUUUGAUUGUUCUUUCCCGAUCUCCAACUUGUCAUGGUGUGGAAAUUAUUGGAGGAUAUGAAGUUGAACCCCAUUCAAGACCUUAUAUGGUCUCUAUCCAAGGUUAUAAUUGUAAAGCAAAGCGUUACAUACAUCAUUGUGGAGGGGCUUUGAUUAGUCCCAAAUGGAUACUGACAGCAGCACAUUGUAAAUUGCAUAGACAGUUUCAAGUUGUUCUUGGAGCACAUUCUCUUUCACAGAAUGAGAAAAGUCAACAAAAACUUCAGGUCAAGAAGCAGUAUCCACAUCCAGAAUUUGACCAUAUAAUUCCAGACAAUGACAUCAUGCUGCUUGAACUUUCCGGCAAAGCAAAGCUUAACAAAUAUGUGCAACUGCUUGAACUACCGAAAAAUGACGGUGAAGAUGUGAAACCUGGAACUCUCUGUACAGUGGCAGGAUGGGGAGCAACAGCAAAACUUAAACCUCCAUCCGACACACUUCGAGAAGUGAAGCUAAGUGCAAUAGAUAGGAAAGAAUGCAAAAUUAAGGACCGUUCUUCUAAUUGUGAGCUUGUAAUAACUAAGGAUAUGAUCUGUGCUGGUGACAGCAAACACAAAAAAGACUCAUACCAAGGUGAUUCAGGUGGUCCUUUAAUUUGUAACAACAAGUACAAAGCGAUUGUGUCGUAUGGUCCUCCUGAUCUAACCACCAAGGAGCCAGGGAUUUAUACUCGCAUAUCAAAGAAAUAUCUUGACUGGAUUGCAAAUAUAAUUGGUGUUGAAACUUCCAAUAUGACAGCUGAAGGUUUCUACUGAGUAUUGAGUCUCACUGCUACUUGAUUUUGCUUUUAUUAACUUGUCAUUAAAUUGCUUUGCUUCCGGAAGGACCUGCAUAUUUUUUACUCAUGUCUUUGCUGCACUGUACCACAUUCAGCUAUAAUAAAACUGAAAUGUGAAAUUCUCAAUAUAAAA